AUGGGUUUUUUCUUCUCGAAGAUAAUGCGAAAUCUUGUAAUUCUUUACAUCAUCUUCUCCGGUGUUCAGUUUUUGCUCCGUUGGAAGUCUUAUAACAUUUCUCCAAAGGAAUUCAAGCUGAUAGCUGGGAAAUCUAUCGAUCCCAAUCCUGCUACUGCCGUUAAGAAGUUCUCCAACGAGAUUCGACAAAAGUAUGAUCGAGCAAUCGUGCCUGAUCAGCCUUGGAACGAAAUUUUUUUGGGCGGUUUAAACCUUCAAGCUUUGUUUCUUCAUGCUUCUCUAACUGAAUACGCUGCUGUUUUCUAUGCUCCAUUCAGCACUUCUGGACGUGCAGGCUUACAUUGGAGUAAUAGCACAUGUAACGUUCUAUCUGGCUCCGUUAAGCGUCAACUGGGGUCUGACCGUUUAGCUAGUAAAGAAGCUUUCAGUUCAGGUGGAAACUUCCGUCAUGGGCAGUUUGAUUCCUACAUCUACGCUUUUUCUGACGAUACUACUAUUGCAUGCUAUGGACGUGGAAUCAUGCCUUUCUCUGGACUUUGGACAGCAACUGGUGCUUUGGCCAAUGGAGAUCCUCUUUCGUUCGGUCACCUAAUGUACCAUUAUGCUCAUGCGAUGCUCCAUCAAGUCACUCACUCUGUCACGAGCACUAUUAACCACUACAAGAAAAAAGCUGAAUUAUGA